AUGGAAUCAGUCAACAAAGUUAUCGACCAAACGAAGGGCCUCGUGAACCAGUACCUCAACACCGACUCCUCCUCGUCUUCAGCCUCCCGCUCAAGCGGGAACCCCUCAGGCGACGCCACGCCCGGCGCGAUCCCCGACGCCGCCGAAUCGCUGGGCGUGACAAGCGGCGCAGAGCGACUCUCGACGGACACUGGAGACGCGACUUUCGCUGGAGACAUUGAGCGACAGAGCGGAGACAGCGGAUUGAGCCCGGCUUAUGCCGCAUACAACGCCUCGGGCCGCGACGCAACAGGCUCAUUCGACGGCGGCGCGAACGACCCUCCCAACCUCGGCGCAGGCGAGAUGCCCGGACGUUCGACCUGA